UGGGGUCUGCGGUUGUCUUGGAAAUGUCAGCCAGGUUGGAGCGGGACUCUGGGAGCCGCAGGUACCGGAAAGAGCUCUCCGCUGACGUCCAGCAGUCCCGGCAUAUGGAAGAGAUACUACCCCGGCCGACCAGAAUGGCUGUGAGUGGUUUAUCCAGAGAUGCUGCAAGUCUGAAGAGAACGCUGUCAGCAUGUGAGGAAAACUUCCCAACAGUUGUGCCCGUGCUGCUGGAUGUGGUCAGGGGUCCAGAUCAUCUUCCUGCAGACGAAGAGUUACAGGAAAUGCUGAGAGGAAAACUGUGCAUGCUGCAGGCUGACAGCACCGAGGUCAAUACCCUAUUUAUGGAGUUGUCCGCCCAUCUCAUCUCCAUCAACAGUGAAAGAAAAGCCAUUUUUGUAACGUUCACAACAGUCGAGGAGAUAUGGAAGUUCACCACGUAUUACAAGAUAGGUUUCCUGCGUCACUGUAUGGAGAGUCUAUUGUUAGACGAGAUGUUUUGGCUCAAUUCUUUGGAGGAUGACUUUACUAUCCAGGUGUCCAUUCAGGAGGAAACACUUAACCUUUUCUACAAAGGCAUCCUCAUGCAAGAAGGUUCAUUGUUUGCCAGUUGCAGUGCCAGCCAGAUGUUCGACAGUUCAACCUCUGGAGGAGACCUGUACUUGGAGCAGGGAGACAUAGCUCAGUUUGAGCCUCCCUUCCUGGGUUCAGGGUGGACUGUCCUCUGCCUCGCUGAUGGAGCGCGGGGCACUGCACCUAAACCUGCUCUGGCGCCAGUCAUCCCUUUCCAUCAAUGGUUUCUCAAAUCCUGUGCAGAAAGCAUUUUAGUUGGUGAUGGGAAAUCUAUCUGUGACUUCCCUCUGCACUUUGCCAGAGGCACCUGUCUGGCCACAAAGGAGUAUGACGCCGAGGGCCCAGAUGAGCUGAGCAUGGCACCUGGCGAUCGUAUCGUGAUUGUGGGGCUUCUGGUGCCUUGUUUUGAUUGGUUCACAGGGAGGAAGGAAGCAACAGGAGAAGUGGGUUUGGUCAAGACAAGCCUGGUAAAACCAUCUCCUGAUACUUGCAACUCUGCAGAGAUUUUUCUAGAUGGAGAGGACUGGAUUUUCUGCAGUCCGCAAGAGGAAAAAGUCAUCGAAGAAUCAACUGCUGUAUUGAAGACACAAUCUCAGAAUGACACUGAGCAUAAAUACAAGCUAGAUAUGAUCAUUUAUCAAGCAUCUGAGAAGAAAAUAUCAUCCAGCUCUUCAAGAAAGGUUGAGCAUGAGCAGACUGAAUUCAAGAGAGAUAUUCAGAGGUUUCUCGACCAAGGAAAAGAGUUGAACCCUCAUUCCACUAUAACCAAGAAUAAGACUGAAUCAGGGCUGGCCACAGAGGCAAAAACCCCUCCCUGUUUUACAGUCCAGCCUGCUGUAGAGGGGAACAACAACACAGAGAGCUUCAUUCCACUCUUCUCCUUUUUGGAAGGACCAGACUAUAAAGUGGAGUUUGGCACUCUGUAUGCACUGAGUUCUGAAAAACUUGCCUCCUCCACUUUCACCGGUCACUCUGAUGAAGAUGAGCUGAUUGCCUUUUUGGGUGUUGCCAGAGAGACAGCCAGAAAGAAACAGCUGUUCUGGUCACAGACUCGUUUGUGCUUCCUGUUGGGAAAGCUCUGUGUUGGCAGGUCAAAGUUCAGCCAAGCCCAGGCUUACUUUGAGGAAGUCCUCAGUGUUCCAAGAGAAGGUUUCAAGGACCUCAGUCUGCUGGCCAGCAUCUUCUCCAGCCUGGCUGCUCUAUAUCUUUGGCAGAAAAAUACAAAAAGUUUCUUUGCUGUGACAGAACGACUUGCUGCCUUGCUCAUGGGAAUCCCAGAUUGUUUGAAGAGCUUAGAGGAUGACUCUUCUCUUAAAUACAUGCUCAAGAAAGCUAUUCUCUCUCACAACAAAAUGGCAGAAGCCCGGGUUUGUCUUCUAUUGGCAAAGCACCACUGGACCUGUGCCAUGGGAGCUCAAGUUGUGCCUUAUCUGGAAAGACUUCUCAUUCUUUGUGAUGAAGCUCAAGGAACAUGGAGCGUCUCUCCCACUCACGGGUACCUGGCACUGGGAAAGCUGUACGGUGAACUUCACCUUCCCCACCUCAGUGUCAGUUCAGCCAGGAGAGCUUCUCUGCUGCCCUCGGUCACGCUGCCUGACUGUCUUGGCAGUAUGGGAUUACUUUUGGACAGUGUCACAGAACAAGAAACCACCAUUCCACCUCAGGCGGCUCCAUAUUUGCACCAAGCUAUUGCUUUUACCGAGCUCCAAUGCGGAGGGAGAAACCAUUACCAUAUUUUGAGACACCAGCUCACUUUUUGUCUCUGCCAACUCUAUUACAAACACAAAAUGACAGAACACGCCAUCUACCACAUGGAUGCUCUUAUCAACAGUCCUUCAAAGCAAGUUCAUGUCUCUGUUUCGGAAAGAAACAGCGCUCUCAUCUGGUUGGCAUGGCUUCACAUUGACAACCAGCAGGCUGGAAUUGCUUUGGAUAUAUUGGAGUCAGUCCUUGCUUCCAUGCCCGAACACUGCACAACUCCUCAGGAAGGCGUGGUCCUCAACAUGCGUGGCGUGGCACUUCGAUGUAUGGGUGAUCUCCGGAGGGCGGCAGAGAGCUACCAGGCCGCAAUUGACAUCUGCCAGGAGUAUGAGGACAUGCCAAACUGGGCUGUAGCUCAGGCCAAUCUAGGGUUGCUGUGUCUGAAGGCUGGAGCCAAAACACUAGCAGAGAGGCACCUGUGUGAGGCGGUGCAGCUUUUCUCUGAGCUCAGUGAAGAAGGCAGUGAGGUGAACUUUAUCACUGUGCUGCUGGAGCUGGGACAGUAUUAUGUGAAUCAACAGCAGCUGAGCUAUGGGAAAGGAUGCUACGAGUGGGCUCUGCUUCUGGCUAUCAAUGCUAACCUGUUGGAGUGCCAGCUCAGUGCAACUAGAUGUCUGUGCCAUCUUUAUGAGUAUAAUAUUCCAAACCAGGCUCAGUGUAUCAUCUACAGUCAGCACCAGGUCCAGCUGCUGAGAGGCAAAGGAGACAGAAGAAAGGAGGGAGAAGUGUUGGAAGCCGUCAGCCAGCUCUACCUCUCUCUGGGCACAAAAAGGGCGUACCAGGCGGCUCUCGAUCACACCAAAACCAGUCUGGGUAUUUUCAUUGACCUGGGCUGCAAGGAGAAGGAAGCAUAUGGCUGGCUGCAAGCCGGGAAGAUCUACCAGCUGCUGGGCCAGAUUGAACUGGUGGACAUUUAUGUUCAGGCAGCUCAGGAUGUGGCUUUGAGCACCGGAGAAACAAGCUUCAUCCUGAAGCUUCUGGAAGCUGCAGGAGACAUUUUCUUCAACAGCUGCCAGGACCGAGACAAGGCUAUCAUCUUCUACAGGGACCGCGCUCUGCCCAUCGCAGUGAAGAGCAGCAGCAUUCGUAGCAGACUGAGGUUGUGCAACAAGCUCACUGAAGUGAUGCUCUCUCUCAGGCUGUAUGAGGAAGCAGUGGAGUUUGCUCAAAUUGCAGUUGAUAUCAGUAAGACCCUGGGAGAACGCCUGAAUGAGCAAGUGGCACACCAUCGUCUGGCCUCUCUGUACCAUUGUCUGGAACAGUAUGAACUGGCUGAGCACUAUUACCUGAAGACCCUGACCCUCUGUCCAACACCUCUGCAGUUUGAUGAGGAAACACUGUACUAUGUCAAGGUGUACCAGACACUGGGAGACAUUAUAUUCAGUGAUCUGAAGGACCCUUUCGAUGCUGCUGGAUACUACCACCUGGCUCUCGCUGCAGCCAUGGAUCUGGGCAACAAAAAGUCCCAGUUGCAGCUGUGCACCCGACUCGCCACCAUCUAUCACAACUUCAUAAUAGACCGGGAGCUCUCUCUCUUCUUUUACCAGAAGGCAAGAGGAUUUGCUGCAGAGCUGAAUGUGAGAAGGAUAAAUAUCUCACCAGAUCAGCAAUAUGGCAGCACCUCACAGUACAAGACUACGGGACCAUAGGAGAGAGAAUGCAUGAAGAAGGCGAUGUCCAGCAGAUGAUAUUUUUUUGGUACAGAAUAGUCAUGGAUUAACUUUGGGUAAAUUUUAAGGAACUGACUUAAGAUCACAAGACAAAUCAAAUUUUUAAGACAUUCCAUAAUGAUAAUGACGAAAUCACAGGUAUCAUGACGUGAGAUGUUAAGGUACUAGUGUCCUCAAAACCUUUAAAUUGUUUUACUGAUUUUGUUUUCCAUUUUUUAAAAUGUAUUUUUCUGUUACCUUGAGGUCAGCGUGUUAAAAUGAGACCUCCCAGAUGCAGUAAUGAUCAUAUAAUUUCAGAGGAACCCAUAUAACCAGGUAUUGUAUUUAAUCAGUAUGUGGAAAUAAUUGAUGCUACUGAAAGUGGUCCAAGGCUGAGUCACACAACAUGUCACUGGGACAAAUGUAAUUGGACUUUUACUUCCAAAAUAUCCAAAUUAGUUCCUCACUUUACAGCUAUAUGGGAACAGCUGUGAGCAGGUGUC